AUGUCACAUGAAGGGCCAAAGGGAAGGAUGAGCGAGAGCAGUGGAGCGGUAGCCUCGGCUGGGGCAGUGAUUCUGGAGGAGGUCGAGGUGGGUACAGGGGGUCGCGAACAGGCCCCUGCCCCUGAACGAGGGGCACUCAGGUGUGGAGGGUGUGCAGUUUGGCCUCGGCAGCAGACUUGGCUAUGUGUGGUACCCCUACUUAUUGGCUUCAUUGGCCUGGGUCUCAGCCUGAUGCUGCUCAAAUGGAUCGUGGUGGGAUCGGUAAAAGACUACGUGCCUACAGAUCUAGUGGACGCUAAGGGCAUUGGACAAGACCCCAUAUUUCUAUCAAAGCCUAGUGCUUUUCCCAAAGGGUCAGACACUACCACUACUUCAACCACCUCCAGUGGCAUCAGUUCCUCCACCCCUGCAGUAACCAUGGUGACAAGGAGCAGGACUCAUUCGGGGACUCCGCCCACAAAUACUACACCUAGGGGUGGAGCUUCGGGGAGUCAGGUGACACAUCGGAGUACCACAACAAGAUUCGCAACACGUGGCCCUACUUUUACAACUACUACAACUAUAUCAACUACGUCGACUACGUCCACCUCCAGCCAUUCACCGUCCAACCCCACCGUCCUCCAUGACUCCACCCAAACAUGGACCCACGACCAUUCCCCAGAGAAGUCAACAACCACACCUGCUCGAACCCGCAUCAACCAAAAGACACCUUCCCCCACUCUGCCUCCAUUACAUUCGGAGCACUUUAAGCCGUGCCAGGAGAAAGAUCUGGCCUACUGUCUGAAUGAUGGGGAAUGCUUUGUCAUCGAAACUCUGAGUGGACCACACAAGCACUGCAGGUGUAGAGAAGGCUUCCAGGGCAUCCGAUGUGACCAGUUUCUGCCUAAGACUGACUCAAUUUUGUCUGAUCCAACAGAUCACUUGGGCAUUGAGUUCAUGGAGAGUAAGGAGGUGUACAAGAGGCAGGUCCUGUCAAUCAUGUGUAUCGCCGUGGGGAUCAGUCUUCUGGGCAUGCUCUGUAUGGCUCUCUACUGUAGGAAUAAGAGACGCAGAGAGAAGCUACAAGCCCAUCUAAAAGAGAGUCGCAGCCUAAAGAACUACAGCAUCUCUUCUUCUGGGCACAAACCCAGCCUGCGCUCUCAUUCCAACCUACAGCUCCAAAACUACUACAAAGGCACUAGGUCUUCCCCACAACCGGAGGGAGCUGUUUGCGAGUCCAAUUUUGCCCAGAGUUCCUCUGCCCCCUCAAACCAUGCCAGGCCCUCCACAGGAAGGUACAACAGGAGUGGAUGUGUGACACGCAGUCCAGACCACAGGAGCAGAGGAGCCCUCAGAGUGACUCCACGGAGGACCCCACCCAUUCCCAGAGGGCGGCUCAAUCCGAUUGGAGGGUCAAAGGAUUCUGGCCCCGCCUACCAACACCUUCAGGAAAUGGAGACAGCAGAACGAGAUCUUGAUUCAGUAAGAGGGCAGGCCGUCCGGCCAAGCACAGACCUGAGACAGGAUUCCUUUCACAAUAUGCAACCCUCCCAGGGCUCAGUGUCUGGGACCAGUAGGGCUGAGACGCAGUUUAGCCAUUUGGAUCCCCAAUCUCCCAGUGCAAUUAGGGCUCUCUCUAACCUCCCAAACCAGUUCUCCACGACACCCUACCGUACUGGUUCCAUUCCUAUCAUUCCCUCUUUUCACGGACACCAGGACGAGCCUUUCUGUAUGCAAACCACUGCCUCCACCAGGAGCGUCCCCAGCCACACCCCUACAGAAAGAGUAUUGGAUGUUUCUCCUGUCAAUCAGCAGCUUACUCCUUCCAGCAAGGCCACAGAACAAAAUGAGGUGGCUCAGCUCUUGGACGAAGCUCAGGAGCAGCUCAGGGCAUUGGCUCAUGCCCAGAGGAAGCAGGAUGACACUUAUGGCAACAACCUACAACAGGCAAGAGAGACUGUAUGUAUCCUGCUGUCCAGUCCGAGUGGUCUAGGCGGCAUUGCCUCAAACGGACCGACUGAGACGCAGUUAGUGAGCCCUAGAGACACACAAAAAGACUAUACGCAGCCAGGCCAAUGA